CAAUAUGGAAAGCAUUGAGAUUGAUUUUGUGAAACCGGAGAAAAGUUCAUUACAGAAGCUGUAUAUAGGAGAAGGUUGGAUGAGAAGAACUGGACUUAAACCUGGAAACAUUGUUCUCAUAAAUAGAUCCUUUAUUGCCAGAGUUUUCCUUCAUAGGAUCAGAGAGGUUAGCAGUGGAAUAUGUAGUACAGGGUCCCAAAUACAGAACCUUGGAGAACUCCUUCCUCAUCUAACCCCUCAGCAAGGUCUUCAGCAGAGUACUCUGGAGAAACUUAAUCUUACAACAGUAGGGUCAAUUUCAGUUGUUCUUGUUUUAACAAAGAAAAUCGAAGACAUGGAAGGGUAUUCGGAGAUACUAAGAGAUGUACUGCAUAAUGUUUGUUUUGUAAACAAUACAACUGUACUGCUAGAGGAAAAUACAGUGGCUAAAUUACAUCAUAUUUCAGCAGUCCAAAUUCAUUUAGACAAAUCUGGCUUUUCUUAUAAAAUCAACAGGCUUACAAACAUCAAGAUUGCUAGAGUUUACACCACCAGAUAUAUUCAUCGGAUGAAGAAAACCAAAUCUGCUCCACUGGUUGGUGGUGUAGAGGGAUUAUAUAGCAAACUCUACAAAUGUCUCCGGCAGAAGAAUCAACAUAUUCUGCUCUCAGGUCCUUCUGGUUGUGGGAAAGGAUCACUGGUUAACCGGCUGGCUGCAGACCUUGAGUGGCCGGUUAUAUCUCAAGACUGCUCAGAAUUAGGUUCGGGCUCAGGUGCUCUUGAACAGAUAUUUGAUGAAGCUGAGGAGAUCUCUGCUCAGGAUCCUGAUAAUCCUGGAACUAUUCUUGUUCUUCGAAAUAUUGAAACAGCAGGUGGAAAGAAGGGAAUUCAUCUGCUGCAAGGGAUUUCAAAACUUUCUUCUUAUCUCGAUAAAUAUAAACCUUCAGAUAAUAUUGUGGUGGUUGUGACUACAACUAAACCUCAGGAGGUUAGCCCUGGUUUGAGAAGACCUGGUCGCCUUGGGGUCGAAUUCUUCAUGAAGGUUCCGACACAAGAUGAAAGAUUGCGUAUUCUUGAAUGUUUGGAAGAACAGUUAAAGCUAAACCUAGAGGCUGGUUACUUGGAGAAGAUUGCUGGUUGCACGAGAGGAUAUCUUGCCUCUGAUCUAGCUCUGCUGACUCGGAGAAUACUUUGGGCUGAUCCAGGGUCUGGUUGGACGGGGAUACAGAAGUGUAUUGAUAUCACUGUUCCCUCUGGUCUCCGACUAGGACUAGGAUGGGUCAACCUGGAGACUAUAUCUUGGGAUUCUAUAGGUGAAUGGAAGAUGUGAAGAGAAAACUUGAAAGAGCAGUUGAAUGGCCAAUUAGGAAUCCAGAAGCAUUUACCAGACUUGGUAUCAAACCAUCUAAAGGAUUGCUCCUGUACGGU